AUGUCUCCUCCCACCUCCCUAGACCAAGAGAACUUCAACACGGACCUUGAGAAAGAACUACUUCUCUCCACUUCUUACGAGGAACGCAUGGAUAGCAACUUUAAAAGCGCCUUGAACGAAGACCACCUCAAGCUCUGCGUCGGUCAAGAGCACGGAUCGCAACGCAGUAGUACUCGUGUUCUGAUCCUCUCACGAGGCUUCAAGUACAUGUUCACCCUUCUUGUCGCUUUUUUAAGUACCAAUGGCUUCUGGGCAAUCUUCGGCCCUGAACUGUUUGAUCACAAUAGUCUCUUUACUUGGGUUAGAAAGGGUGACUGUGAUGUUUAUCGAAGCGGCCUUCACCAUUAUCAUCAUCAUGAUCAUGACGGGCCUUCGCCACAUGGUUUACCUGUUCUUGGGUCCGGCAAUUCUCAUCCGCCUUGCUCGCCGCCUCAUGGCCCUCUUAGUCACCCACUCCCUCCUCCGCCUCGACGUCGCGGUGGUCCAGGAAGGAUACAAGAGUGCUUCGAUCUGAUUCCUGGCAACACCCUUCAAAUCCAAACUCCACUCGAUUGGUUCGGACAGGGUAUUGAGAUUGCACCUUCUUUCGCAGGCUUGAGCGUCACUUUUGUGUGGGACGGCGAAGUUGGUCCCCCCGUAUGCUCAGCUCCAGGUUUCCCUCAUCCACCUCAUCCGCCCCACUCACCUUACCCGAGGAUCAAUUGGAAGGAUGGCACCAGUAGCAAUGAUGGCUCUGGAGCAAGCUCAGAGAAGUGUAUCAAAGAACGCGGCGAGGUUAUCUUUGAAAUUGACAUUCCCUCUAGUGCCGAAUGGAAAAUUGUCAACAUCACUUCACACGAACUCAAGAUUUGCUUGAUGCGUCGAAUCGACUCGACAGGCAUCGACAUUUUUAACGCCAGCGGCAUCCCACCUAGCGAUGCGCGCACUGAUGCUGCUUUCAAUCAGAUAGCAUCUAGCUUCAACACUACUAUACACCUCCCAAGUCACUAUGCUCGUGCUCCUGUACGUAACGGUUACUUUCUUUAG